UACUACACUAACUACACCAACUACACUAACUACAGCAACUACACCAACCACAGCUACUACACCAACUACAACUACUACAUUAACUACACCAACUACACUAACUACACCAACUAUACUAGCUACAGCAACUACACCAACUACAGCUACUACACCAACUACACCUACUACAGCUACUACACCAACUACACCAAUUACAGCAACUACACUACGUACACCUACUACAGCUACUACACCAACUACAGCUUCUACACCAGCUACAGCAACUACAGCAACUACAGCUACUACACCAGUUACACUAACUACACCAACUACAGCUACUACACCAACUACAGCAACUACAGCAACUACAGCUACUACACCAACUACACUAACUACACCAACUACAGCUACUACACCAACUACAGCUACUACACCAACUACUGCUACUACACCAACUACAGCUACUGCACCAACUACAGUAACUACAGCAAUUACAUCAACAUUCUUAUAGUGGGCUUAGUGGUCACUUAA